AUGGACAGUUUUUCGUCCCUAACGCGUACCCGAAACAGUGGGUGCGUAGCUGCAAACUGCACCCACAGAAGCGAACAAGGUUUUCGUGUAUUUCGUUUUCCUUCAGACCCUAAUCGCCGUAAAAAGUGGUUGAAUAAUAUACGAAGAAAGGAAUGGACACCGACUAAUUCUUUGUGCCUUUGCGAAGUAAUCGAAGAAUCGAAUUCUUUCACGAUAGACAUUCAUUACAUCAUUUUAAUUUCAUUACAGGUCCAUUUCGAAGAAUCGCAGUUCGAUAAUAAAAGGGUGGAUGGACUAAAAAAACUGAAACCGAUCGUUGUACCAACUUUGUUCGAUGUUCCAAAUCCACCUCCGAAAAUUGAUCCUGCACCCAGAAAUUCGUUGUACAAAAUCGUGAAAAAGGCAAAUACCACAAUGGCCAUUCAUGAACUCGAAAAACUCAACCAAGAUGGUACUUUUGUUAAUGUAUCGUUGAAUUAUCACCAGCAGAAUGUUUAUCAGAAAAAAAGAGGUCCUCACGUCGCAGCGAUCACAGUGACCACUCUUACUCCAAGAAUCCAGAGGUGGAAAAAGCACCUGAAAUUGUGGACAAUGCAUUCCACCACGGCGACGAUCAGCCUUGCCCAAUAACCAACAAAACACAAAACGAAACUGUGGAACGGUCUGAAGCAGAAACUCUCAAUGGGCCAGAAAUCGUCCUUUAUGUUUCUAGGGCUGCAGAAAAUACUUCGACCACUUUGGAAAAUCAGAUGCAAAGU